UCCUGGAGCUGGCAAGAGAGCACCCGGCUGCUUCUCUGCACCCCUGCGAUGGCAGCCAUUCUCUUGAAGGCCAGACCCAAGGUGCCAGUAUCUUUUGAAGACGUGUCCGUGUACUUCACCAAGACAGAAUGGAAGCUUCUGGACCUCAGACAAAGGAUCCUCUACAAGAGAGUGAUGCUGGAGAACUACCGCCAUUUGGUGUCACUGGGACUUGUAGCCUCCAAGCCUCACCUGGUCUCCUGGCUGGAACAAGGGGAGGGGUCCCAGGCAGCAGACUUCCACAGGAGAAGGGCUGCCGCGGGGCUGCAGACAGGUGACAGGAUAAAGAACGGGGCGUCGAUUUCAAAGCAGAAUCAUUGCGUCAAAGAGCUCACCAGGACUGAUCUUCAGGCGGGUGACAAGAGCCAGACAGGUUCCAGCAGGGGUGACCAUCCCAGGGAGAGAGGUCAAAGCGGCUCCUCAGGUGAGGGAAGAGAGCUGAGGCAGAGAAGUAACGACAGCGGUAGGCAGGAUUCUGGUCUGAGGCCGCAGUGUUCCACGGGCACUGAGAAGCGGUACCUGUGUCAGCAGUGUGGGAAAUCCUUCAGUCGCAGCUCCAACCUCAUCAAGCACCGGGUCAUCCACAGUGGCGAGAAGCCCUACGAGUGCUCCGAGUGUGGGAAACUCUUCCGGCGCAGCUUCGCGCUCCUGGAGCACCAGCGCAUCCACAGCGGCGAAAAGCCCUACGUGUGCGGCGAGUGCGGCAAGACCUUUACGCGCAGCUCCAACCUCAUCAAGCACCAAAUUAUCCACAGCGGCGAGAGGCCCUACAAGUGCUCGGAGUGUGGGAAACUCUUCCGGCGCCGCUUCGCGCUCCUGGAGCACCAGCGCAUCCACAGCGGCGAGCGGCCCUACGCGUGUGGCCAGUGCGGCAAGGCCUUCAGCAGGAGCUCCAACCUCAUCGAGCACCAGCGCACCCACAGCGGCGAGAAGCCCUACGCUUGCGGCCAGUGUCUGAAGGCCUUCAAGGGCGUGUCCCAGCUCAUUCACCACCAGCGCAUCCACAGCGGGGAGAAGCCAUUCGCGUGCAAAGAGUGCGGGAAGGCGUUCCGGGGCCGCUCGGGUCUCAGCCAGCACCGCCGGGCGCACAGCGGCGAGAAGCCCUACGAGUGCAGCGAGUGCGGGAAGGCCUUCAGCCGGCGCUCCAACCUCUUCAAGCACCAGGCGACUCACGGCGGCGGCGGCGGCGGCGAGGAGAGGCCCUGCGGGUGUCCCGACUGCGGGAGGGUGUUCCAGAGCCGCUCCUCCCUCCUGCAGCAUCGGCGCACCCACGGCGGCCAGAAGCCUCGUGCGUGCGACCAGCGCGGCCAAGCCUGUGAGGGGAAAGGGUGCCUCAGCCACCUCCGCAGAACCCGUGCUGGAGGGAAGUCCUCGGCGAGGAGUGACGGGGAAAAGGCGCCGGCCUCUUUGUGCACGAGGUCGAGAGAGUCCGGGGACACGGCGCACGCGCAGCCUGCCGGUGCGCCUCUGGGAGAGGGCCCGCUUUAA